GGCCCCGCCCGGCGCGGGCAGCGAUGGCGGCGCUGCCGGUGUGGGAGGUGCCGUGGCGGGCGCUGGGCGCGCUGGGCCGGGAGCUGGCGGCCGACUGGGCGGCACAGGACGUGCGGGCCGCGCUGUGCCAGCUGCUGCUGCUGUGGCUCGGCCUCAGCCUGCUGGGCGUGCGCCUCGCCUGGCGCGCCUACGGCGGGGCGGUGGCCGCGCUUUGCUACCGGCCCGGGCCCGCCGCCCGCCGCGCCCCGGGCCCCGGCCCCGGCCCCGGCCCCAGCCCCGGCCCCGCACGGCCCCGCGCACACUCCCUCUCCCCCGCCGGCCCUCCCGGACGCAACGGCGCCGCCGAGCGGCACUGCCCGCCCCGGGAGGGCUCCACGGCAGAGCUGUCAAAGACGCACCGGGAGUGAGGAGCCGCGACGCGCUGGGCACUGCCCACACCAUUAAAUCACUGUUGCCCCACACCAUCCCUUGCCUUGUCACCAUCGCCGGAGAGGAGGCUGGGGAGCAGGUGGG